GGCCCCGAGUGAGCCAUGUACAGGGCUCAAGUUUACACUGCCCACGAAACAGAUCCCACUGUUUCUUCUGUAAAUUAUUAAAUGACACUUCGGAGCUCAAGUUGUGAAUGAAAGUGCACAAUCCGGCGCCGCUGACUCGCGUUGUGCACAUAAAGCUGGUCGACAAGGUGCCUUUUGUUUCCCCGAAUGGCGGCUGUCUCAAGACGCUUCUCUUUCGGUGACAAAAAGCUGACACAGUAAGGUUAAUAAUACGGUGUAAACAGAGAGUGUGUCAGCAUUAGCUUCCAAAACCAAAAUAACAGUUUCGGUGUGACACGCGACCUGCCAGCUACGUCAGGCAGGAUGCGCACAUUUGCAUCGGGCGCACGCAGGGUGGAAGUGAACGGCACAGUAGACUUCAAGCUAGACAGCCGUCGGUUACUAGCUUUUUGUAAACCCCACAGGGUCCAGAAGAAAUCUGACACAUGGCGGAUAUUUGUCUCUAAAGUCAACCUGGAAACUCCGUGUGUCAUAAAGUAGCUGUCAACUUGCAGACCUAGCGGGUUAGCUGGCUGGCUAGUGAUAAUGAACUGUUGUGCAUUGUCGGACAAUCAGCUAGUGUUAUUCCGGCUAACGCUCCUUUAGCCAUCUUGCUGUCACUGGCAUGACUCCACGCGCUGACGACACGAGAUGUCUGCAUAACUUUUUAUCCGCCGGACAUUUAAUUGCUACAACGUUUUCAGCAUGGACAGCGAACGCAGCAAUUGCAGGCCCCAGAUUGGAGACAAUAGCAAGCUAACCCAGCUAGCAAGCUGUCGUGGCUGCUAAGCUUGCUAAAAGCGGUCUCGCCUGGUGCGUGUCUGGACGUCGAGGUGCCUGGACCAUGGAUCAGGAAGAUAUAACAGACCAAACCACAGCAGCUUGUAGCCAACGCUUGUUCCACAACCAAGACUCAGCACCGCAGCAGCCCAGCUCAGGCAUCAUGUCCUCACAAUCCAAAUGGGGGAACAGCAGCACCGAGGAUACUGACCUGGUCAUGAAUGAGGAUGGGCUCAGCAAUGGUACCUGUGAAGUUGAGACUAUGGUAGCAUUACACUGUCCAGGCGAUGGUGAAGAUGUUACCGCCGCACUUAGCAAUGAUGGAAUGUCAGAGUUUUCUAACAGCGACCUCUCUCUCCCUGAGGUCUGCAUUUCCACGAACAGCAAUAGCUUUGAGGAGGACAUGAACUAUGAGGUCCAGCAAGCUUAUAGAAUAUUCACUGGCUUUCUCUUAGACAAGCACAAAGGGAUCACCAGCCCUUUCCUCUAUCCUAUCGGCCACCAGGAGGCCCUGCACGGUAUUGGAGGUGUCCGGGGCUGGGGUCAGGCACAGCUGAGACAGUCGAUGUGCAUGCAGAGGAUGGAGGAGAAGUUUAUCAAUCAGGAGUACGAGACCAUAACAGAGUUUGUUGCAGACUUCAGGCUGAUGUUGGAGAACUGUUACCGCUACCACGGGGUGGACCACUGGAUCUCCAAACAGGCUCAAAAGCUGGAAAUCAUGCUGGAGCAGAAGCUUACGCUGCUGUCCAGGACACUGCGAGAGAAGACAACCUUGGCAGUGACUUCUAAAGGGCGUUUCGGUGCAGAGGAGGAACGGAGUUCAGGGGGAACCUCAACGAGAAGGAGACUGGCGCCUCGCAGCCUGGCUACCAUCACUGUUGGUGGGCAUGAGUCAAUUAUGGUCCAGACUUUACGGCUAGAGGAGCAACAGAGGGCGAAGGAUGAGAAGAGGCAACGUGAGCUUGAGAAGAAAGAGGCAGAGGAAAUGUCAGCAAAAGAGGUCGAAGAGUGGGAGCAGACUCUGCUGUCACAAGCUUCCCCCCACACUGUGGACACACUUUGGGAACUCCCUGCUAUAGGACACUUCCUCUGCCUGGCUCAGACUGCCCUUAACCUCCCAGAGAUUGUAUUUUUUGAGCUGGAGCGUUGUUUGCUGAUGCCCCGCUGCAGCAGCCUCCUGUCCAAAAUCAUGUCUUCCCUACUGUCCCCACUCCAGCGGCGGGCCACUCUACACCGCCGGCCUGCCCUGCCUUAUCGCCGCUGGGAGUCAGAGCUCAGGCAGCGGGUCAUGGGCUGGUAUCGAGCUGUUGGUGCCUCUCAUGAUCAGCCGGGUCGGGCAGAACAGCUUGGACUCUGCCAGCAGUUUUUCAGCACCCUUGGGGAGGUGAGUCCUUUGGAGGAGAAGCCCUUUCACUUGCUGCCCUUCUACCAGCGAGUAUGGCUUCUGAAGGGACUGUGUGAUCAUGUGUAUGAGACACAGAAAGAUGUGCAGGAUGCUCUGCUUUCUCAGCCCAUCCAUGAAUGUAGGGAGUCUAUUUUGGGGUAUGACAGCAAGGAGAAUGCAUAUAUACAUUUCCCACAUUUCUGUGGGGCAGACCUGCGGAUCUAUUGCCAGAGCCCCAGCCCACCCCCAGCUUUUCCUUUCCCUUCUGUUUGGGUCAAAAGGGUUGAAAUAGAGCCAGGGACGGACGGUGAAGAGUCGGAUGGAAUGAAGGAUGAGGCACUUAAAAGUGAUGGGGGCUGUUACGGAGGCUCCAUGGACACAGGAGAGUCUGAUGAUUUGGGAAAUGGGAGAGCAGAGACACUUGGGUUUUUCAAAGGGGAAAACUGGGAUGGAGAGGAAGUCAAAAAAAGUUUUAAAUCGUGGUCACUGAAGAAGGAGGAGGGGUCUGAAUCAGGUUCCUCUGAUGGAGAGUCCUGUGAUGACUCUAAAUUGGACUUGAAAACGCACACUAACUCCUUAUCCCCUUCACACACUAGUCCUAUUGGAGGACGAGUAGGGGAAAUUAAUUUGAAGGAGGAGACUGUAAAGUUGGAGCAUCAAUCCAAGCAGCUCAUAAUAAAACAGGAGCCGGGCUUCUCAUUGGGCUCAAUGCGCACCAUUAAAGCAGAGACACAGGAGCCCUGUCUGAGCGUAGGGGAGCACAGCUACACAGGCCGGUCACCUGCUCGCUCAGUGAGUCAGGCCUCGCCAAGCAAAUCGGUGGGGCUCAAAAUGGAGGUAGGAGGACCCUGUCAGGAAAACCAAAGAUCCUCCUGUUUGGACUGUUGUAAAAGCAAAACUAGUAAUAUUAAAUCAGAGGAGCACGAGUGCUGCUGUGGCACUUCAGGGCCAACAACACAGUUGUCUUCUGAGAGUGCUCAAAACUCAAGUGAAGAGAGGGUAAAUGACAAAAUCUGGACAAAAAAAAAAAAGCGGAAGAAAAGGCGAGGGAGGGAACAGCUGCCGAGGGUGAAAGGAGAGCACAAGCAGCUGCAGCACGUGGACAGGAUGAGGCUAUCCCCAGCUGAGCCUGCCAAGUCUGCAGUGCGGAGAGUUGUUUCAACAAUUAAAAGAAAAGACAAGAAGAAAAAACAUAAAACAGGAAAAAAACUUGAAUCAUCAAAGAAAAUUAAAGAUGAACCUCCAGUUGAGCCAUCAUUCAAGUUGGUAUGCACCAGUCUUGAGGAGUUGCGGGGGCUGAUCAGUAAGACAGAAGAUGAGCUUGAUGACCUGGAGAGCACCAAAAAGAGAUUGGGUCGGUGGUAUUAUAGGAGAGAAGCGGUUAAAGACCUCCACAGCACUCUAAUCAGACUACUGAAUGAGCUCUCUCCCUGGGAACCUAAACUUGUCAAGGCCUUUCAAAGGAACAGGCUUCGUUUGAAGAAGGAAUCUGAUGAUUUCAAAAAACACCCAGAGUACAAUAACUUUGUGCGUGAGGAGUGUCUUUCUUCAUCAUCCUCAUCAUCAGAGGAUGAAGAUGAAGAAAGGGAUUUUGGAAAGGAGGCUUGUUCACACUCUGAUCAUUUUAGAAGAUCAGAAGAGGAAGAUAUGGUUCCCAGAGGUCUUUGGAGUGGAGCAAGCUCCAAGGAGUUUCCUGUUGAGUCUGCUGGAGGGAGAACGAUGACCUACGUACACCCUCUGGCCAGCACAGAGAAAGGCUUCAGAGUUCAGACUGGCAGCAGUAACAUUGCAUCUACUGCUGAUCCUGUGACACAGUCUAGAUCGGAACUGGUCCCAUCAAAUCAGUCCAGGGAUUCAAACUCAUCAUGGGCAGCAGGGGUGCCAGCUCAGACUUCACCGUCACCCAGACCACUCAUUCUCCACCCCACCACUGGACUUCCGAAGGGCUAUACGCCCAUCCCCACCCUGCUGGCUAAGAGUGUGGGAAACAAAGUGACCUUAAUGAAACGGCCUGCUGAUUAUCCAGGGGUGAACAACGUAGAUGGAUGGAGCAAAAGGUCUUUGGUUGCCCUGCCUACCUCUGUAGUGACUACCACAAAACUCUCAAAAGCACAAAGUUCUCCAUCCAGUUCCCAGCAGAAUGUACAACAAAUGCAGGCACAAGGACAACCGCAGGCUGAAGUUCUAAGACAGCCAGGAAUGGCCACAGUGACAGCAGCUCUUCCUAAAUCACCACAGACCAAACCAACACAGAGUGAACCAAAAAAUCCUGUCCAAGUGGUGUACAAGGUACCUGAGAGUCUUGGUCACCUUGUAAGGAAAGACGGAAGCAGCCCAGUCAAGAUCUCUGUUCAUCCAGUCAUGGACCAGAACUCUGGGGAGAAGAUCAUGCAGCAAGUGGUGAUCCUGCCUUCUAAUCUUCUCAUUCACAAAACUGAAGAAAAAGCUUCUUCCUUACAUCAACAACAAUCUAAGGGCAUCCAGGUCCCAGUUUCUAAAGUGGCCAGUCCCCUAUGUAUGUCCACCAAUGUGCCUGGGUUCACCAUUCCUGAGAACAGAAUCCCUGUUCAGCAAGUGGCUCCCCUAAAAGAUGCCAGGACAGUGAGGACCCCUUCUCCAUCUGUUUCCCCUCUUCUGCAGCAGGGAACCAUGAGCACAGUAGGAUUCAAGGGGACACAAGUCUGCAGUACCCAAGCAAGCAGAACACGAGGUGUCAUGCCAGUCUCCUCAUCUAUCACAACUCCUUCAAGUGCAGUUUCUACUGAGCCUAUAAAAACCACAGACCCUAAACAGGAGCUCAAGACUGUGUGUAUCCGUGACUCUCAGUCCAUCCUGGUAACAACUAGAGGAGGCAACACAGGCAUUGUCAAAGUUCAAACAUCCUCAGAUCAGAAUGCGCUUGGUUCUUUGGGCGCCAGCCCAGUCAUCACCAUCUCACCUCAGUUUAAAGCCUUCCUUGUAUCCAAGACGUCUCCAACAAUUUCUUCUUCUGUUCCCCCUCAGACUUCCCCUAGCACGAUACCAGCAGUAACAAGUAUCUCAGUGGCUCAACCUCAGAAGCAGGUUUCCUCAGUAUUAAAGUCCACUUCCGCUGUCACAACUCCCGUGCUCUCUGCCGUCACUAGUAGCUUUUCCGUUACAGGCCCUGGAAACCAGACUGCAAGCACUACUGUUGCUUUAAGUCAAGGCCCCAACACCUUGGCUAGUUCUGCAGUUGCAAAAAAGAUUGGCCAGCUAUCACAGACUGCUGCACCUGGUUCUCAUUUACAAGCUUCAUUAGUAAGAAACACUGUUGUUGUCCCAUCACUGAGUAGUUCUGGGGUCCCCCAAGUUCUUACAAAAGCAGAGCUCAUCAGCAAGAAUGCUGUGAAACGGGCCAGUACAGAUGAGAGAUCCCAAGUUACUAAAUUCAUCCUGGUUACUCCCUCUUCUUCCUCCUCCUCAAAUGUUGCUUCAUCAAAAGGUAUACCCUCUUCCAUAAAAUCACUCCCUAGUCCAAGAGUCAUGUUCAUCAGCCAACCCACAGUGACAUCAUCCUCCACCUCUGUGGGAAGCAUUCCAAAGCAGGCAAUGGCAACUGGGGCUAGUGGACAGCUGCUUACCCCUUCAUUAUCAAGUCAGACUCCAAAGAUGGGAUUAAGCCCAGGCCAAUCUGUUUGUGGUGUCAACACAGAAAUGUCCAAGGUCAAGAACAUCACUUUGCCCUCAGGCAUUCAAAUCCAUUUGUCAGGGAAGACAACAACCAUUGGACAGACCAUUGGAGCUCUGUCACGUUCUCCUUCCAAGUGCACACCAGUGUCUGUCUCGGAUACAGGCCGUCCAACAGCUAGCACUCCUAUAAUGGUCCCGGUUACCAGUUCAAAUACCAUCACAAGCUCUUCUCCCCAGCUUGCCUCACACACUUCUCUGAGCACCAGCUCUCGGCUCCAGGGUAUCCCUUCCUUCACUAUGGUCUCCCACCCAGGCUCUUCAACAUCAUCUACUGCUGCCGCUCUGACUGCAGGAAACAUGGUCAAGAGGGACCUUGGUAUGCCUCCAAAUAUACUGUCCAGCAACUCCCCUGCUCAGGUAACCACUACCAUGCAGAGUAGCCCUGCCCAGUCCUCCACACCUACACAUGUCUGUCAGCCUUCAAAUAUCCAAAGUGGCAUUGGUGAAGAAACCACCUCCUUCCGAUCUUCCUCUCAGCUUGCUCUCAAUAAAACUCAAACACCCAUCUCCUCUGCAAAAACCACCAAUUCCCAAUUCACCACCUCUGCAACUGGCACAAUCCAGCAGAGGAUAGUCAUCAACACUUCUACACCUCUUGCUGCUGGCACACAGAUCCUGCUUAACAAUGCACGUUUUGUAGUUCCUCCCCAGGGUUUGAAUCCAGGCAGCCACGUCCUCAUCAUCUCUAGCCCUGCACCACAACAAGUGCCUACAGCCAGUGCCAGCACUGGAGCAUCAGUACCUCCCCAAGGGGCAAGCCAUGUCACUGUUGCCCAUCGUGCACCAGUUUUGCCCCAGUCCCCAGUGAGGUUGCCUGGUGUGCCAGCCGUAAGUUGUCCUUUUGUAGCAUGCACACCUGCUGUUGGUCCAUCAAUGCUAGCAACCACUCCCCCUGUCACACCAGUCCAACUAACAGGAACACCUGGCCUGGGCUCAGCGUGGUUACACAGUAAAACUAGUGUAGUUUCUGCUCUGCCUAGGUUGCCAGCUGUGCAGGUUGGUAAUUUUACAUCAUCUCCUGUUGGUACACCCACUCUGAUCUCAACCCCACCAAGAUUAGGCAGUGUACCAGUUGCCCCAGUGGCAACCAGUGCCCCUGCUCUCAGCUCAGCACUGGCCACAAUCAGGUUGGCUGCUGGUACAACUGCACGAGUUGAAUGUCCAUCCACCAUUUCGCCUGCAGUUGCACCACCCUUAUCCAGAUUGUCAGCACCUCUAUCAACCUUGCCUCUUUUACCCAGCCAGUCAGUACCUGCACCCCUCUCUCCAGCUGCUGCUCCUGUGGUAGCAGGCACACAAGCUUUGCACUCUUCUCUUCCUGCCCAACAGGUUGUUUCAGUGACAACCCCGGGUCCAGUCAUACAACCCCAGCAGACAGCAAUUGGAAUUGCAACGCCCUCAAUGGCUCAAGCGCAGGCAUUAGCACAUACAGGACUAGACAACACAUCAAUCAAGAAAAUGGGGCAUGGAGCCACGCAGCCAAUGCUUGCUGGCACACGAACACAAGUAAUACCCACAGUGGCUGUCCCGCCAAUUGUAAGUGCGGUGUCUCGGAUGCAGACGCUGCCUGUCGCUACGGUUACCCCGAUCGGAAACACUGUCAGCACCUUUGAAACGGUGCCUGUGGUGACCGCACCUUCAUCCAGCAGCACGGUAAUAAUCACACAAGCUCAGCCAAUCGCAGCACUGAAGACAAACAACAUCCACCCACCUGUCGUUUUGACCAAUCAAGCACUUGGGAAGUACUCUCUGCAGACCUCAUCCUUAGGUAUGCAUAGUAAUGUAGCAUCCAAGCUACUCAUUAGUCCUGAUGGUGCUGUUUUGAACACAUUUCAGUGCCAGAUCAAUCCAGCAGAGCUGACUGCCUGCCCCAGACCACUGGAUGCACUGGUGGCUUCCCCUAACAGUUCCACUGGAGCACUACACACACAUGAUUCCUCUUUACAGCCUUCGCAAGCAGACAGAAAGUGCACCAAUUAACUGAGACUGUGCCAGCUCUGUGAGGACUCAGACUCCACUUUUCAGCUGCUUUGUUUUAGCAGGUCUCAUUUCCAUUGCUUGUAGUAAUUUUUGGGUUAGUUAAAGAACUGCUUUCCAGCUGUAGUUUGACUCGUAACUUACUUUUAGGAUACAGUAAAUUACACCCCCUGGUUAAAUUAUCUUAGAGGUUAACUGUAUGCUAAAUCAGACAUACAGGAAAUGUAUACUGUGAUGGGUUUCUCAAGUGAAAAACUCUUGAGGCCGCUCUCAGAUGAAUGUUCUAGACUCUUAACUGUCCUUUUUUUUUUUUUUUUUUACUUCAUGGCCAGUAAUGACAACUGUUAUAACAAUUCAGUAGAAUGGGAAAGUAGGUACAGUGAAUUACAACUCAAGCUUUUAUAAUAUGUUUCAGUGCCAUUAGAUACUGCUUCAAGGAGUAAUAUUUGGGAUACUAUUCAGUGGCACAACUUGCUCUACUUUAUCCAUCAAUUUGAACAAUAUAACUGUACCUGGAUAAUGUCAGGCUGUCCUUUUCAACUAGUAACUGAUGACUACAUUUUACUUUUUAGAAAUAUAAAUAUACUAAUAGAAGAAUUUGUACUACAUGUUUGAGCCCAUAUAAAAAGUUUUGAAGUCACAUUUAUUUAUUUUUACCAUAUAGAUUUUUCAAAAAUAUUUACUAGGUACAUUUUCAUUGAACAAAUGUGGGCGUUACUGCAUGGAAAUAAACAAUGCGACUGUCCCCAACAAGUGUGAUUGACCUUCCUUACAUACAGACUCUUGUGAAAUCAUUUUUUAU